UGCGCCGCGUACAACACCACGCGCCAGAUGUCCAGGAUGGCUCUGCAUCUGGCCAAGGCCGUCAAGGAAGGCGUCAUCCGGUCAGAGGACCUGACCGGCGAGUUCCUGGACGAGUACCUGGCGGUGACCGAGACUCCCGAGGCCAACCUGCUGCUGCGGUCCGCGGGCGACAAGCGGUUCAGCGACUUCCAGGUGCUGCAGUGCAACUACGCCUACUUCCACCUGGACGCCAAGCAGUGGCCCGCGGUGGGAUUCCUCGACUGGGCGCGAGCCAUGAUCCACUUCCAGCUCCGCUGGCCGGCCAUACGGGCCAUCAAGGAGAGGCACCGUCUAAGGGCUUCCUACGGCAGCGGCAGAUCGGACCCCGAGCAAGUGAUUCGGCAGCGAACGUUCUUACGGCACGUCCACGCUGCUAACAUCCUCAACAUGGAACGGCUCGCUGGUCUCCAGAAAGACGUGGUCUGCCAAUAAAACUGUAUACCGGCUUUACUGCAAUAUAACGCCGCUAACACGGCAAACAGCGCAAGCGCGGAACAAGUAUACUGAAUACAAUGGAAAAACACAGACAGUUUUGGACGAGAGUUGCGGGU